CACCCAAGAGACCCCCGUGACACCUGACGGGACCACCAUGGCCACCCAAGAGACCACUGUGGCCAUCCAAGAGACCACUGUGGCCACCCCAGUGACCACCACAAUACCUGAUGAGACCACCGUGGACACCCAAGAGACCACUGUGGACACCCAAGAGACCACUGUGGAUACCCAAGAGACCACUGUGGCCACCCCAGUGACCACCACAAUACCUGAUGGGACCACUGUGGCCACCCAAGAGACCACUGUGGCCACCCAAGAGACCACUGUGGAUACCCAAGAGACCACCAUGGAUACCCAAGAGACCACUGUGGCCACCCCAGUGACCACCACAAUACCUGAUGGGACCACCAUGGACACCCAAGAAACCCCCACGUCACCCACCACCACCCUGGAGCCCACCACGGUCACCCAGGUCACCCCACCGUCACCCACCACCACUCUGGAGCCCACCACGGAAACCUCCAGCACCCCGGAGACCUCCACCUCCACCCUGGUGACCACCACGGCAACGCCCACCAUCACUGUGGAGACCUCUACAAGCAGCCGGGUGACCCCUACGACAUCCGUGACCACCCUGGGGACCCUCACGGCAUCCACCAUCACCCAAGGGACCCCCACAACCACCUCGAGGACCUCCACGACCACCCUGAGGACCUCCACAACAACAUCCACCGCUCAAGGGACCACCACGACCACUCGGGUGACCCCCACGGCGCCCACCACCACCAAGGUGACCACCACGGGUCCUCCUCCAGGGCUGUGUGAGAACGGGGGGACCCCCGGUGGCACCGGCUGUCUCUGCACCCCGUCCUACGCCGGUCCCCGCUGCGAGUUCUCCACCGACACCAUCGAGACCAACCUGC